AUGUUCAAACUUCUACUUUUCUUGAUUAUUUCUGCUGUUUUUUCAACAGCAUUUCCAACCGAGGAAGAAAAUAUUCUUAUUGGCAGAAAAUUUCUAACUGCAUUUUAUAAAGCAGCAAAAUCGAAUGAUUAUUCGAUUUUUUAUUUUCUUUUCGUUGGAAAAGGGUUUGAUCAAAAUAAAAACCCAAUCGGUGAAGCAACAAAGCAAGAAAUAUUCCGAUUAUUUUUGUCGAAUGGUCGACAAGGGAAUCUUGACGUCGUAGAAAAUAAUCGAGAACUUGUUAUUACAUUUCUCUCUUCUACUAAUUUUAGAUUUAUCUUCAAUGUCAACAAACUGAAUAAUGGAUUCAAGGUGACCAGCAUUUCAUAUUUCACUUCAAAUACUACUUCAAGCCAACAAGAUAAUAUUGAAAUUGGCAAGAGAUUUUUGGAAGCAUUUCAAAAAGCAGCAGAAACCAAUGACUAUUCAAUGUUCUCUAUGCAAUUCAAGGGACUUCGGUUUGAUGUAAACAGUAAUCCACUCGGACAAUUAUCAAGAUUCGAUAUAUUCCCCCUGUUUUUAUCAAAUCAUGAUCGAGGUGAAGUUGAAGUUGAGACAAUCAAUGAAAUAUUGCUCAUCCAAUAUCACACCACAACUAAUGUUCGAUUUGUCUUCAAUGUCAAUAAUUUGGGUAAAAAUACAUUUAUUUUGAACGGCGUUUCGUACUACUCUUCAAAUUCAAGAAAUUUACCAACCCAACAAGAGAAUUAUUAUAUUGGAAAGCAGUUUUUGCAAGAAUUUCAAAGAGCAGCAAAAUUCAAUGAUUAUUCAAUGUUUUCUAUACAUUUCGUCGCAAAUCGGUAUGAUCUUAACAAUAAUUCACUUGGAAAAAUCCCAAAAAGUGAGAUAUUCCGAAUAUUUUUAUCAAAUUAUGGUCGAGGUGAAAUUGACGUGGUGGAAAAAAAUGGAGAACUGAUUAUCGAAUUUCGUCCCUCUUCAAAUGUCAGAUUCCUCUUCAAUGUCGUUAAUUUUGGAAAAAAUGGAUUUAUUUUGAAAAGCAUUUCGUACUUUACUCCAACAAGUUUGUUUGAGGAUUUAGCAGCAGCAUUGCAUAGAGAACAUUUUUAA